AUGUGGUUACUUUUGUUUUGUCUUGCCGCGGGCGCGGCACUUACCGCUGAAGGUGCUGGCGCGGGCGCCGCACGGCUUCUCUGCUACGUAGAGAGUACGCACGCGUCUGAUUUUUCCGAGUGCACACACCUCGUUUACACGGGCGACGCGAGAGGAGAAAAACUCGACAAUCUGUUGAGAGAGUACAAGAAAAGCAACCCCAGGCUUAAGAUUAUUCUACGAGCCUCCGAAAUUGAUAAGGACCUUCGCACGCUGCUGAAAACCAAGCAUGUCCAAGGUCUGGAGAUAUACGAUGCACAUCGCUCUCUCAAUAGAACCAAAGUCUUGGAGAUGGUGGAAUCAGCCCGAUCUGCUAUCAGUUCUACUGGUGGUGGACCACUGUUCCUGGCGCUGCCCGCAAACCCUGAACUAUUGGCUAAAUACUAUGACCUUAGAGAGUUGGUCAAGAAAGCAGACUUGAUGAUAGUCCAGACUCAUGCUCUGGGAUUGGUGAAGAAGAUGACUUACCAUCCAAGUAGGCUGAGCGGUCUGUGGGACAUGAUGAAUGCUGACUCAGUAGUGGACUUAGUCAUUGGUCUUGGAGUGCCAGCUACCAAAAUUGUCAUUAGCUUACCAGCAACCGCCCGUCAGUUUACUCUCGUCAACGAAACCCUAAGUACUCCAGGAAGCCCGGCCCAAGAUGACGAGCCUAAAGAAAUUGACCAGGCUGAGCUCUGCAGACAGUUGCAAAAGGGCCGCUGGACGUUAGAAAGAGAUCAGGAUUUGUCCGCGCCAUAUGCUUUUAAGCUCAAGACUUGGAUCUCCUUCGAAGACUCGUCAUCAGUAGACGUUAAGGGUAAAUACGCUCGUGUGCGCGGUCUCGCCGGUCUGGCGCUCCACAAGGCUGAUAAGGACACCGACACUCCGUGUGGACCCACGCUGCGCGCGAGCCUGGCUAAGGUGCUCAACCAGCAGAGCCGAGCACCAAGAGCUGCGGUGCUAAGAUCUCUUGAGAAUGAGAUCCUCUCAGCAUCAGGCCAGGGUCGCCCUCUUGACGCGCUCCAGGUGUCUCCGUACCGCAUAACACAAGUCGUCGACUCCGACGGUGUCAUUCACUCAAUCAGAGAGGAUACAAGAACUGAGUUCUCUUGCUCCCGUCAAGGAUACUUCGUGCACCCUCGCUCUUGCGCCCGAUUCUAUCGUUGCGUGAAGUUCGACCAGUAUUCGCCCGAUUUUACGGUGUUUGAAUUCGACUGUCCGACUGGUCUUGCCUUCGAUUCGCGUUAUGAAGUUUGCGUAUGGCCAGGCAGCCUACCCGACUCGCAAGCGUGUCCUGGAACAUCUGAGAUCGCGCCUGUGCCUAGGACCAGAUUUGUCUGUCCAAAUGUUGAAGGCUUUUACGCGGACCCUGAGAACUGUCGUUGGUUCUUUGCUUGCCUGGACCAUGGAAAGGCGCCACUGACAGCGUACGAGUUCCGUUGCCCGUUCGGAUUGGGAUUCGAUGCCGCACGGCUCAAGUGCGACUGGCCGUGGUUGGUGCCUAACUGCGGAAACAUCGGCAGAUACGAAGCCGAAGCUUACGGUUUCUCCGGCGCCACACUUACUGGAGCUCUCGGCUUCCGGGGUAAAACCGCUGAUGCUGUGAACAUAGCUGGUCAUCAGAGUUUGGUUUCCGGAGCAUCCUUGGACAACUUAGUUGGAAUACAAGACGGAUUCCUAACGAGAGGGAAUGGGUUAGAUGCCAAUUUCAUCACCUCAGAAGAACUAUUCGGAGGAGCCAGCAACGGACAUGAAUAUAUAUUAGCGAACGACGCUUCAAGCUUAGUUGAAAAUGUUGUAAAGUACGAUGGAGAAGCUCGAGCUUCAAAUGUUAACUUUGGCUUUGCGCAAGGUACUAACGAUAAAGAUGGCGCACAGUAUACAAGUGGUUCCCUAAUUUUAGAUGACUACAGGCUGCCCAGCUCUAAAUCUAGUACUGCAAGUCCAGUCAGUAAUGAUAAUGUGGGUUCUACCGCAUCGUACUCCCAGAACGCUAGAGUUACGAGCUCUAUUCCCAAAAAUACGGGCAAAUAUGACAGCAGGUACAAUACCGGUUACUAUAGACCAGAGUUGUAUAGCAGUGGUCGUUAUAAUGACGGCAAAUACAGACCUUCGAAUUCAGGCAAGUAUGUCCAUGACCCAACUGGUGACAAAGCUUUACCAUACAACCAUGUUGCUCCACCUCCUGUACCUUAUAAGCAUGUGGAUUCGGGUUACACAGUGACAAAUGGUUUUGAUGUUGGAAAAUACAACGGCUCGUGGUCUUAUAACGACAAGUGGUCUUACAACGACACGUGGUCUUACAACGACACGGGGUCUUACAACGAUGGUUCUACGCUUCUAUCAGAGACAAGCGGGUACUAUUAUCCUAAACCUGCAGGACCUGCCUUUGAAGAGGGUAGUUAUAAUACUGAUUAUCCAGGUUCUUAUAAAAUUGACGGCUAUGUUGGAACAUAUGACGACUCUGGAGCAUAUGUUGAACGAACUGGCGCAGGUCAUUCAUUAACAGGCGGGGCAGUUAACGUAGGCCUUGUAGGCAAAACAACAUUAGUUGACAUUGGAUAUACUGGUGAAGAAGGAUAUGAAAGUAAAAAUGUUCAAACGGGUCAAGCAACGUAUGUAUCUCAACCUGCAGUAACAAUAAAUCACAUUGGAACAGAUGCUCACAAUCUUGAUGGCUAUAGCUUUGUUACAAAUCCAACUUCUUCUGGUAUUCCUACAACUGCAACACCAUUCGCAGUUACCACAGCAUUGCCCCCAGUGACAGCUUACAAAACGACGUACGUUCCUUUAGCGCCAAGGAGCAGCGUUAAGCAAAUAUUCGGAUAUACUCAGCAACCUGUCACAUUCGUACAACCCACAGCUGUUGCACUAGAACAAAAAUAUGUGACUCCUACUGUUGAGGUUACCGAUUACAAUUCGAAUGUUGAUUAUCGUAAUGAAAAUAAGGCCUCAACUUACAAUGUCGGUGUUGACACUACCGGUUACGAUUAUCCAAAACCCAAUGUAAAAUUCGAAGACGGAUUUUCGUACACUACUAGUAUACCAGCUAUAUCGGUUUCUAGAUCCAAACCACAAGGAUUUAGCCAUCAACAGCAAACUGUUCAUAGCGUGGCGUCAGGUAUUUCAGAAUACUCUACGCCUGUGACCGAAAAACCUUUUAAAAAAUUGGUAGCUUAUACUACAGGCCCCUCAGUUAGUACGUACACACAACAAGCACUUAGUCAACAAACAGACGAAAGGCUUAAUGAUGCUAAUGUUUACUCUGAAGCAGUUAAUGUUGGAUCAACUGACUAUAAGAUUAGUGAUGGUACGGUCACGUUUGAGCAACCUCAAAAUGUAGUACAAUAUACACAAACACUGCCAACGGCAUCUGUUCAACCUACAUACCAACCGCAAGUUUUCAGCCAACAAACAAUUCAUAAAGUUGACGCGAAUAAAGUUAAUGCUUAUGUACAAAAUGAGGAAGAUAGUUACCAAUACGCGAACCCUAGUAGCUAUGAUGAAACACAAAAAACUGUUUACCAGUAUACAACACCAGCACCGAUUAUAACAUCAACUUAUAGCCCACAAUCUUUUAGUCAACAAACAAUUUAUAAAGUUGCAACUCAGAAAUUUAAUCCUGUGUCCACAACAGUACGUCCAAUCGAUCGUGAACAGUACACGUAUCAGACAACACCUGUGACAGUGUAUGAAAAUCCAAUUCUAAAAUACGCUCAGAAGUCUACCCCGCAAACAUAUAUAAGUUCAACAUAUACACCACAAUCAUACAGCCAGCAAGCAACAUAUAAAAAUAUUGAAAAAACUGGUGUCAUUUAUGAUCAACCUCAAAAUGUAGUUCAGUAUUCGACAGUUCAACCUGUUAUUUCAUAUCAACCUAGUGUCUCUUCUUACCAACCACAAUCUUAUAGUCAUCAAACUUUCCAUAAAGUUGACGCUGGACAGGUGAAAGCGUACACACAAGAUGCUUCUGCUACUGGUUAUUAUAACACGCAACCUAUAAGUCAACAGGGAGAGAUAUUAAAGACAACAGUGGAAUCAUCAACACCUAUACCUACUGUAACAUAUACUUAUAGACCGCAAACAUUUAUACAAAGAAUUCAAACUCAGAAAUUAACUCCUGUUUCUACUACUUCACUUCCUAAAAUCGAAUUGACGUACCAACAGCCAACUGUUUCCAUUUAUGAGAACCCUAUAUUGAAAUACACUAAAACAGAAAAAGUUACCCCUAUUACAUAUGUGCGACCGACUGCCACAGUUUUCACUCAAACUUCUAAACCUCUGGUUCAGGACAGCCUAAUUCAAUAUGAAACUACAGCUGAGCAGGCUUAUGAUAACAUAAAUGUGCAAUUAGAUCAGGAGAGAUAUUUAUACAACCAACCUGAACUUCAAACUAAUAUUGGUACAUCAAAGGCUGCUUAUUCUGACGCUACUGAUGUGUCUCAUCAAGAGUUCCACCUUGGCAGUAACCAAUAUAAAACUGCAAAAGAUGUCGCCUUUGUUUCAACUACUCCUUCCACUUUAGUUUAUGAAGAUCAUUAUACAAGCAAGGAAGUUAAUAACGGUAAAACAUAUAAAUCACCUGAAUUUAUUGUACCUGAAACACAGUAUCAACAAACUUAUACCGUGUCCACGGCCUCUACACCAGUUGUUCAACAGCAAAGCUCCACAUUUUAUAAAACUCAAGAUCAAUACGAUUACAAGCCUGUAGAGUACUCACAACAGUAUGAUAUAAGUCAAACAAUUCCUUCUUCCGUAGGACAAUCUACUGUAGAUCUACCGAGUAAAAGUGUAACCACUUUGUACAAACAAAAUGCUUUCCAAUCCCCUGAAAUUCAAGUAGGUUAUAAAGGUGAAGAGUAUUUGCCACCAGUUGUUUCAACAGUAACUCCUGUCGUGACCACAACUUAUAGACCUCCGACUUAUUCUACUGUGACAACGUCACAAAAGUAUCUACCUGCCGUAGCGAAAACAACUUUAGAAUAUAACGGUCCUGAAUAUUUGCCACCACAAGAAACUGCCAAAUCGACGACCCAAUCAAGAGAAUAUUUACCACCAGUAGGGCAAACAUCUUUCGGAUUAAAGAUAACGCAAACUCCUUAUCAAGAUUACAUUAUUUCUCAAGAUACUAUUUUAUCUUCAACGUCAACACCAAUUCAAAGAAAAUCUCAAUUACUGGGAUUUGGUUCAGUGGGCCCUAAUGCUGGAUUAGUAACCUCUGUAAAUUACAAGACUGAGACACCGAUUCCAGUUUCAAGUACUGAUAAUUAUUAUUUAGCACCCAAAACUGUAUCAUCAACGUUCGCACCUGAACUAGUAGAAGUUACAUCAACAAUACCUCGUAGAAGCAGACCCAAGUAUGUAAGACCAUCUUUUGUUACUUCCACUCCUCAAACAACUACAUACCAAUAUGUUGAAUCCAAAGAAGCUUAUAAAGCUCCUGAGUAUUUGCCACCUGUGGAUAGAUUUGACCAAAAACUGGAUAUAAUAGGAAUCAACAAUGCGGACACUUCAUUUUCUCAAAGAAUCAAUAUAAACCCCUACCAAGAAUACACAGCUUCGGAUGAAACCCCCGUUAUAAUAUCCACAACAUCUUCAACACCUAAACGAAAGCAGAACAUUGUUAUCCAAAAUGCGAAAUAUAACUUACUUGGGUUUGGUACAGUAGGUCCGGAUGCUGGGCUGGUUACAGUUACAACUGCAGCUCCCGAGUUGAAUGCAGGGACAUACUCGUUAUCUUCGAAAUCAACUACAUCAACGUAUGCACCCGUGCAAGGAGAGCUGGUUGAAGUAACGCCUUCUUAUAUUCCAGCACGUAGAACUAAACCUAAAGUAGCAGUAGUGACAAAGAUUAACGACUUUAACCCACUACUCGUACGAAAAUUAGGCGCUGUGUGCAGUUGCCAAUCACCUAUCUUAAUACUUAAAGGCAGAAGGCCAGCUGUACAGCAACAAGAUGCUAACGACUACAGUACUGAUUACGACUCCGUGACACAAACACCUGGUAUAACUACUGUUGUCACACCAACUCCAGUUGUCACAUCAACGAAUAAUCCUAUAAUCGUUCCUGAUGAUUCCUUUUACCAAGAUUAUCAAGAAGCGAGCAAUGAUAAUAUAGCAAUUGUGCCCAACGGGAGGGAGAGUGAAAACUAUGUCUCGAGUACACCAACGGCGAUUUUGGCUAGUGAGAAAACUGUUAGAAUUAGACCGCGUGUUAAGGCUGUCACGGUUGCUCCAACCUAUAGGACUGUACUAUUGAACGAAGAAGUGGCACCUACCGUCGAAAUCAAACAAGCAGAAGCAACAUUGGAUUCUAAUGGGUUUGAUCGAUACGGGCCAGGUGGCUGGAGGAGCAGAGAUGAAACGCUCCAAGGAUCCAUUGAUUGUCAGAGAGCAGGAUUGUUCCGUCAUCCAAAACAAUGCAACAAAUUCUAUGCAUGCAGAUGGGAUUGCACAAAACAGAGAUUCACACUUCAUGUCUUCAAUUGCCCAGUUCAAUUAAGUUUUGAUCCUAAUUUGGGAGCUUGUAACUGGCCAAGCCAAGGUCCUGCUUGUCAAGGAGAUACACUUCUCACAAACACUCUUUAA